GGUAGCUAGGUUUUGAAGUUUUGAUUGAAGCCCAUAGCAACAUCAAUCAAAAAGUGCAAGAGAUAACUCCAGGUUUGGAGUGAGCGUGGAAAAGGAAAAGAAGAUGUUCAAAAACACGUUCCAGAGUGGAUUUUUAUCCAUUCUUUAUAGCAUUGGAAGCAAGCCCCUUCAGAUAUGGGAUAAAAAGGUGAGGAACGGUCACAUCAAGAGGAUCACUGACAAUGACAUUCAGUCUCUGGUGCUGGAGGUGGAAGGAACCAAUGUCAGCACUACAUACAUCACAUGUCCAGCUGACCCAAAGAAGACACUUGGCAUCAAACUUCCAUUCCUGGUUAUGAUAAUCAAAAAUUUAAAGAAGUAUUUCACCUUUGAAGUUCAGGUGUUGGAUGAUAAGAAUGUAAGGCGGCGCUUUCGGGCAAGUAACUACCAGAGCACGACCCGUGUGAAGCCCUUCAUCUGCACCAUGCCAAUGCGGCUGGAUGACGGCUGGAACCAGAUCCAGUUCAACCUGUCUGACUUCACACGCCGGGCCUAUGGCACCAACUACAUCGAGACCCUCCGUGUACAGAUUCAUGCCAAUUGUCGCAUACGAAGGGUGUACUUCUCUGACAGGCUGUAUUCAGAGGAUGAGCUACCAGCAGAAUUCAAAUUGUAUUUACCUGUUCAAAAUAAAGCAAAGCACUAGGGUGAAGUGAUUCCCUACUUCCUUGCCCCAGAUGUUAUUUCCAGAUCAUCUUCCUGUAGGACAUCAUUGCUUAUUAUGAAUCUUUAUACAUUUAUUUUAUUUUA